UGGGACCUCGUGUGCAACUCGCGGGGGCUCAAGCAGGUGGCCCAGUCGCUCUUCAUGGCCGGCGUCCUCGUGGGCGGCAUCGUCUUCGGGAGCCUCUCGGACAGCCCGCUCUCCUGCCUCUUCCGCUUCCUGGCCGGAGCCUCCAUCUCCGGCAUCGUCCUCAACAGCGUCUCGCUCUCCCUGGAGUGGAUGCCCACGCGCACCCGGGCCAUCGUGGGGACGUGUAUGGGCUACUGCUACACGCUGGGACAGUUCCUGCUGGCCGGGGUGGCCUACAGCAUCCGCGACUGGAGGAGGCUGCAGUUGGCCGUGUCGCUGCCCUUCUUCGGCUGCCUGGCCGCCUCCUUCAACUGCGUCUACCUCUACACGGGCGAGCUCUACCCCACGGUGACGCGGUACGAGGGGACGGCGACGCGGGGGGACCGCGGUGACAAUGCGGUGUCAAUGAGGCGUCAACGCGGUGCCAACGCGGUGACAAUGCGGUGUCAAUGUGACGUCAACGUGUUGACAAUGUGGUGUCAACACGGUGACAAUGCGGUGUCAACGUGGUGCCAACGCAGUGCCAAUGCGGUGACAACGCAGUGUCAAUGCGGCGUCAACGUGGUGCCAACGUGGUGA